GAUCAGAUGGGUGGCGUUAUUUUUUUUUUUGUACAAUGCAUGGCUAUUACGUGCAGCAGAUUAUUAAAUCUUGGUGUUAAAUGAUCGGAAAUUUAUUCUCUGCAGUAUUUGGGCCGUGACACAUCAGGAUUUACGAGUGCUCAGAUACGUACAGCGUAUUUGCUGCUUUAUUUCCACAUUCUCUUUCAGUUUCGGUUUCCGAUGCAGGAGGAUGCUGGAUGUUGUUAUGUUGCAGGCAGGACGAUGAAUGUUUGGGAGAACCGGCUGAAGAACGGCUUGCUGAAGCAUUUAUACGAUCAUCCAAAAGAAGUUAUAAAAGAGCUUAAAAAUGUGCGAGCAGUCUACAGAGACCUGUCGGUGAAUUUUGACUUUUAUUGUCACUCAACUGGAUUUAAAAGUCAACUGGUUAAUAUAAAUGGUACUAUUCCUGUAUCAUGCAACGGCCAAAUUUACAACCUUCCGAUAACCAUCUGGUUGCACAACACACACCCCAAGUGUCCUCCAAAAUGUUUUGUGAAGGGGCUACCAGUUCAUGACCGAAAGACAGGAGACUUUUUGGAUGAUGUUAGCAAUAAGUCUUCAAGUUACUUGUGCAAUUGGAAAUAUCCAAGAUCACAGUUGUUGGGACUCGUUGAAGAAAUAAAAGCAUCAUUUACAAACUCCUUAAAUAAUUCACCACAAAUUGCAGAUUCAGAAGAGGCCCAUUGCAUUGCAAAAGACACACCUUUCCAUUCUGGAGAGAAUGCUUCAAGCAAAUCUGAGAAGAUAUCUUACGUUAGAGAGCUGAUGGCUAUGGGGAUCUCAUUUACACAUCCCUCUACAAAAGCUUCUCCUGCUGUGGGUAUGAAUUCAGAAGAUCAUGUGGUUCAGAAGAAAAUCGAUUCCGUGAAACAAACUGCGGAUUUCUUUGCUGAUUUGCAUAUUGACAAGGUGAUAAAGACAUUAAACCUGAUGACUCCCUCCAUGAAAAAUCAAGAUUUGACUUCACUUGAUGCUCAGAGGCCACGUUCACACAAGGACAAGCAGAGAGUGCAGGUGCUCAACAUUCCUACUGAUUUACCAGAGCACAGGAUGAAAGACAAGCUGAGCAUAUUUUUCCAAAGCUUUCGAAAUGGUGGUGGGGAAAUUGCUGAUCUUCAGUAUCCAGGCCCGAUUCCAGCAUCUGCCAUUAUCACUUUUGUCGAAACCAAAGUUGCAGAAAGACUUGUCCAACAGGGACAACAUUUAUUCACUCAUAAUAAUAAAAACUACCCAGUACAUCUAAAGUUCCAUGAUGACAAAGAUGUAGUUUCUGCCGAAAAUGACAUUGGUAACAACAUUUCCACUGUGGAUAUAAAACAUGACCACCAGAAUUGGCAAGGAUUGCCAUCGAAUGCUGCUGAUUCUUCAAAGGAAAAAUCAGACCUCUUUCAGCGUCUCCUGAGCACGGAUGACCAGAAUUUCAACGCAGAGGAUGUGAUGGAGGUUGUGCAGUCGGGAUUAAAUUAUGAAUCAGCUUUGCGGUACCUCUCUCACGAGUGUCCCAUUUGCAGUGAACAAGUAUCGUUUAGCAGGGUAAGGUAUAAUGUGCGGAAUCUUUGUCUCCGCUGUUAAGGUCUGUCCUGUGACUGAAGUGAAGUCCACUAACCUUUACAAAUCUCAUGACCCGAGUAGCACAUUUGUCUCAUGAAGAACUGAAUCAAAAUAUUUAGUUUCUCUCAUUGUGUUUUAUGACAUUGACAGAAAAAAAAAUACUGAUAGAAUUUGAUAGAAUUUAUUUACCACACAACCAGGGUUGGUGGAAAUUGGGUUGUCUGCAGUGGUACAAUAAUGAAGAACACACAACCACAAUAAAAAUGUAACACAAACAUCCACCACAGCAUUCAUCACUGUGGUGGAAGGCACAAAAUUUGGCCAGUCCUCCUCCAUUUCCCCCCCGUGGACAGGACCAAAGUCCAGAGUCAGUCCAGGAUCGGCUCUUCCUCACCGGAGACCGCGGCUUUAAGUUGGUGUAGGCCGCAGGCCGGCGGUCGAGAUUUAAAGUCUCCGCCGCAGCCAGAAGCACCGUAGACUGCAGGGCCGGCGGUCGAAGCUCCCCUCCAGGGGUGAUGGUGAGUCCAUGCCGGACCCGCGGUAGAAGUUGGCCGCGGGCCGGCAGUG